CCUUAUAAAUCUGGCACCAGCAGUUGUUCUGAUUGUCCAAAUUAUUGUCAAGAUAACCUUUGUGAUUGUGGAGGUAAAUUGUGCUUCAAUACUGGUACUUUAGAUAUCAAUACGUGUACUUGUUCAUGUCCAAGUCUUUACUCUGGUGACCAAUGUCAAACCCAAGACUGUCCUGGAGAAGAAGAAUGGUGGUGUAAAAAAUACUACACUGCUGCCGACUGUCCUAAAUAUUCCAACUUCCCCACUGAUUGUAACAUCAUGUGCGGUGUCUGUCCACCACGUAAG